AUGUCCGCACUCAGAUUGAAAGUCCUCAUAGCAGGAGGAGGUAUUGCAGGGCCUUGCCUCGCAUAUUGGCUCACCAAAAUAGGUCUCAAUACGUCCAUUACAGUCGUUGAACGAUCACGUUCUCCGAGAGUCACUGGUCAAGCGAUCGACAUUCGUGGUCGAGCAAUUGAAAUUAUGAAGAAAAUGAAAUUGGAAGAGGCUGUCCGCUCCUUUAGUACUACAGAAGAAGGUGCAAUAUUUGUGAAUUCAUCGGGGAAAAGUUUUGCUGAAUUCAUUGGUGGUGGUGGUUUCACUGCUGAAUACGAAAUCUUAAGGGCAGACUUAUCACGACUUUUCCUGGAAGCCACCGAAGGCUUGGACAAUGUUCGGUACGUAUACGGUGAUUCUGUCGAAUCUCUCGAACAGACAGAUAAAGAUGUUAAUGUUACCUUCACCAAAGGAUCAAAAGACACAUUUGAUUUGGUGGUUGCUGCAGACGGAUCUACUUCGACGACUCGACCGCUGAUUCUGGACGAACAAAUUCUCAAGGAUAGCUACAAAUUCCUGGGUCAGUACAUUGCAUUCUUUAGCAUUCCAAGUCGCCCAACCGAUCCAAAGCUGUGGCAGUGGUACAAUGCUCCGAAAGGCCUCGGUAUUAUGACACGUCCACAUCGAAAUCCUUCUACUAUAGGAGCAUACUUGUGCAUUACAAUGCCAUCACGAGAGCAACGGGAUCCCAUCGUCGAAGAAGCUAUGGACAAAGGAACGGACGAUACAAAACGAAUGUUGCACAAGUACUUCGAAAAUGCAGGCUGGGAAGCAAAGCGAGUAUUAGAAGGAAUGGACCAGGCAGAAGAUUUCUACAUGAGCCGGAUGGCGUUGGUGAGACUCCCGAAAUGGACGAACGGACGUGCUCUUGUGCUGGGAGAUGCAGCCUUCGCAACUUUUGGUGUCGGAACAAGUCUUGCCAUUGAAAGUGGUUACGCGCUGGCGCAAGAGCUGUCGAAGAUACAGAGCACCGAUGAUGUUCCUCAUGCUGUGAAGAAAUACGAGGAAGUUUUUCGCCCAAUAUAUGCAAAAACGGAAGGGAUUCCACCCGGUUUUCCACAAUUAGCAUCUCCACAAACUGCUUGGGGUCUUCAGAUAAGAGACUGGAUAUUGUGGUUUCUGAACAAGUCCAAGAUAUACAAAUUAGCUCAAAGAUAA